AUGGCUGCUGGCGUUUGGUUUCGAAAAUGUCUUCGCCUCCACGACAACGAGCCGCUGGCAAAGGCUGCAGCAAGCGGACUCGAUGUGAUUCCUUUCUUUAUCCUUGACCCGCACUUCGACAAGAGCAGGGUGGGGGUCAACAGGUUCAACUUUUUGCUGCAGAGCCUGCAGGACCUAGACCAACAGCUUCGCAGUCGAAAGAGUCGGCUAUUGGUCUUCCGAGGCCAACCAGAGCAGGUGCUGGCUGAGCUCUUCAGUGGGAAGGCUCCUCUCCGCCUCUCAGCCGUGUUCUGGGAGGCCGACACAGAGCCAUAUGCACGCGCUCGUGAUGCCCGGGUGCUGGCCAUGGCCAAGGAGGCGGGAGUGCAAGCAGAGCAGUUUUCUGGGCACACCUUGCUGGACAUCGAUGCCACAAUUUGGAAGCCCGGCUUCAAGCCUCCGAUUUCCAUGAAGAGUAUUCAAGCGAUAGUGAAUGCCGCUGGACCGUUUCGCGCGCCGCUGGACGUGCCGAAGAUCCCGCCGCUGAAGGUGGAAGGACAUCAGGUGCCAGCUAUCUCCGAGCUGUAUGAUGACGAGCCUACCAGCCAGGGAUUCCCAGGUGGCGAGACGGAGGCUCUUGCAAGGCUCCAGCGCGUAUGCUCAGAUGCAGAGUACGUUCGCUGCUUUGAGAAGCCGAAGACAGCCUCCACGGGGCGUCCCGGAUGUCCCUGGGAGCCCUCCACCACAGGCUUGUCUCCGUACUUGAAGUUCGGGUGCCUCUCGGUGCGGACAGCAUGGUACGCCAUCGACCGCUGCAUUCGUGGCAAGAGUCACUCUCAACCGCCGCAGUCGUUGCACGGCCAGUUACUUUUCCGCGAGAUGUUCUACUUGCUUGGCGCAGCUGUGCCAAACUUCGAUCGUAAUGAGGGGAACACAAUGUGCAAAGUGAUCCCCUGGGGCGACGAUGAACACCUUCUUGCCGCAUGGGAGGCUGGCAAGACAGGGUACCCGUUUAUUGAUGCUUUGAUGCGGCAGCUCAAGCAAACAGGCUUUAUGCACCACUUGGGACGCCACGCCGUGGCGUGCUUCUUAACACGAGGAGAUCUCUGGCAACAUUGGACAGCUGGUCGUGAUGUAUUCGACAGGCUCCUGCUGGAUGCAGACUGGGCUCUGAACAACGGCAACUGGCUGUGGCUGGCAGGCGUCGCACCGUUCUCUGCUCCUUACUUCCGAAUCUAUGAUCCUUGUCCGGGUCCGAAGUCCAGCCUGAACGCCGAGCAGACUGGAGAGUUCGUGAAGCAUUACGUGCCUGAGCUGAAGAACAUGCCCGCCAAGUACUUAUACAAGCCAUGGACAGCUCCUCUGGCAGAGCAGAAGAAAGCUGGCUGCGUCAUCGGGCAGGACUAUCCACAGCCUAUUGUCGAUCACCAGCGUGCGCGGGAGGAGAACCUCGCCAAGUUUAAAGCAGCGCUGGACUCGAAGGGCGGGGUGCUUCCUGCCAAGUUUGGUGGUGCCAAGGGCGAUCCUGGGCCGAUGAGCACGUCUGCUUACACCUCUGGCAAGGGCGGCAAGGGUGCUGGGCGCAAGGGCGGGAAACGACAUGAAGUGCCGGAGGCGGAGGCCAGUGACAGCCGCAAAAUCCGGCGCUGGGGGAAGAAGCUGGAUGACACCUUGGCAGGCGGCUGA